ACAAAACAAGUCUUGAACUGGUCGUGCUGGUUUAUCUCCUGUCCCAUCAGCUGCUCUCCUGAGCCCAUUAGUCUCUCAGUCACGACCCCGCUGCUCGGCUGUCGCUUUAAGACCCAUUUCCCCUCAUUGUCAAGCAGUCGUGAACAGGAAGAGGGAAACGAAAGCGGAGAGCGGCCAAGAAGAAGAAGAAGGGCCCCUGACGUAUUUAAACACGAUGCUGCCGCUGCUGCUCGGCGGCUUCACGUGGAGGAGUCGAUCCGCCGCGCGCUGCGUCCAACCCGGGGCUCGGACACGGACAUCCUCGCUGCUGGGCUUCUGAUCGGACCCAUGCGGUCUGCGCAGGGUCUGCCGUCCCCGUUUUGGACCCGAAAGGCAUGAGAGUGUCACCGCGGGUUACUACUAACGCCUCAGGAAACGAUGACAGGCUGAGUCCUCCUCCUGCGCCUGGCUGCUUAGAUUCAUGCUCUCCUUCUGCGGACACUCGUUUCCACAGCUGCUUUGUUUUAUUUUCUAUUAAACUUUGACACCAAAGCUCUUUCUGAAACGCAUUUUGACCGGGAUCUGAGGCGUACAGGAGGAGCAGGUGCAUUGACGCCUGUCUGCAGAGUCAAGGAUGACAUCUACCAUAGAGAGAAAAACACUGGAAGCCAAUGAGGAGCCGGUGGACGAGGUCCUCCAGAUGCCCCCGUCCCUGCUGACAUGUGGUGGGUGUCAGCAGAGCAUCGGCGACAGGUUCUUCCUGAAGGCCAUCGAGCAGUACUGGCACGAGGACUGCCUGAGCUGCGACCUGUGUGGCUGUCGGCUGGGCGAGGUGGGCCGUCGCCUCUACUACAAGCUGGGAAGAAAACUCUGUCGGCGAGAUUAUCUUAGGCUUUUCGGUCAGGACGGCCUCUGCGCUUCCUGUGAGAAGAGGAUCCGGGCGUUUGAGAUGACCAUGCGCGUGCGGGACAAGGUUUACCAUCUGGAGUGCUUCAAGUGCGCCGCCUGCCAGAAGCAUUUCUGCGUGGGUGAUCGCUACCUUCUCAUCAACUCGGACAUCGUGUGCGAGCAGGACAUCUUCGAGUGGACCAAGCUCAACGGCAGCAGCAUGGUGUAGGAUCUUCUCUGGCUUCGAAAGAAAUGGAGCUCGGUGAACAGCUGACUUUGUGAUGCACAACAUACGAAGUCAGAGUGAACACUUGGAGAGAAGUUGUUGAAGACUGCACCAGAAACUGUUUCUUUUUCAAAGCUUCCUUCACUAAAAGAUAAAAAAAGUGCAACAUUAGUAAGCUGCAUGCACUGGAAAGUUUUGUAGAUUUACACACUUUAAGCAUCCUUCUAGUUUCUUCCAGUCAAACACUGUUGCAAAAACUCCAAGACUGUUCUGCAGUAAGAAUAUACAUGUUUCUUUUAAAGACUUAUUGUUUUAAAAUAAUGUUGACCUUAAUAUGGAGUACAUCGGAAUUGUCUGAAGGAAAAUCUCCGGUUAAAUCCAUUAUUCUUUAUUUUCUAAUAUUCAGCUGACCUACUUUCACUAAUAAUUCAUAAAAUACACCACAAUGAUUUCAUUUUGCCACUUUAACCCCUUAAUGCCGAUAGAUUUGAGUACAGAGCCUCACAUUAGGCUUAUAUUGUGUUAACUUAAAGUUUGUUAAAAGGUCCUCUUUAGGAUGGAUGUUGUUGUCAGGCUGAACCAGCUGCGCCCUCUAGUGGUUGAGAGGACUCAUGCAAUACAGAUUUCACUGAUGCUCAAUGUGUAGUUUCCUCUGAAUUUUUUUUUAAUAUCAGUCAUUCUCAGAACAUGCUCUCUUACCUUUUUGGAUAUUUGCUGGUCAUUAUGUUUAAUAAAUGACAGUUUAGACAAAUGUU